AUGAUAUCCGAUGCGGAAGUCAGCAUGAUAAGAGAGGUUUAGGGGUUUGUUUGGGCUUUUGUUGUCGCUUUCUCCGCAAAAUGUCAUUCAUAAGUUUUUCGAAUGCCACAUGGUCCGAAAAAGGAUUGGAGUUUUUCAAGUGACAACAAUAAAUCGGCUUAAUAAAACGGCUGUUUUAUUAUGCUUAUAGGUUUACAGAUCAUUCUUAUCCUUCUUUUCCUCCAACUUUGUUUACUUACGUAAUUUAACUCAAACUUUUUUAAUGUACAAUACAUUCCUCACAUGGUUCAUGUUGCAUUUUUCUCCAUAUUUGUAUAAAGUGAAGUUUUCCAUGUGGAACAAAAUCGAUUGCGAAAGGUACUUUAUAUUUAUACUGUAGUUUUCCCGCAAAAGAAUGUUUCACCUUUUCUCCCCGUGCUAUUUGGUGUGAGAGUCAAUGAGAAUAACGUUAAUUCUUACACAAACUGUGGAGCCUCCUCAGAAUCGGAAGGGCGUCAUCUGGCCCGAAUUCUGAAUCACGCAAAGUUUAUUUUAGAACGUUACCUUUCAGCAGCAGGUAUUCCUUCGUCUAUUUUUUGUGACUUUGUUUCAUUCGGGCGAACGUUCCUUCCUUCCGUUGAUAAAACCGCCGCGGUUUUUUUUCGGUCGCGAAAAAACAAGUGGAGAUAAAAGAAUUUGUUCAAUUUCACAAUUUCCGAGCCAUCCAACCGAGUUUCUCCAUUUCCGUCCUCCGGGAAGGAUCGUUUUCGCCUUCUAACCCCGAAUUACUGCGCAAAAUUCCGAUCGUUCUUUCUUCUCAAUAUUUGUUAUCCUUUAUUUCAGAUGUCGCAAAAACCAGGUGUCUCUGAAGAAAGGCAUCCACUCCGGAAGACCGAUCUGACGCCGGCAGUUGGUGGAAACACCCCACAAGAAGCGUUUGCCAGGCAACUACGGCAGUAUGAUUCUAUUGUAAGUCGUUUUUAAAUGUAUUUCUUGCCAAACUUGAACUCAAAUGCAUGCAAGUUCCGUAUUUUGAGCCUUUAGCUUUUGAUUUUUAGUCUAGUAAGGUUUUUCUCACUCUUAAAUUUCAGAAAUCAAAACGAGUCCUUGUUGCCACAAUCCCUGUGACUCCCAGGUUCACCAGCAUUACCCGACCAAGCCGUCGCGCCAAUGACAAUUUCGAAAGCAGGCCAACCUUACCAGUGGACGGGCGAGAACAUUCAAUGUCUUCAUCAGUCUCUUCACCUUCUCAGAAUACGACUCCAGCAAGCUCCGAGGUCUGA